AUGACACUGUCAGAAGAGGAGCUAGAGGCACUGGAACGGAGCGUCAAUGAAAUUGAUGCCUUGUCAGCCAUUUACGGAGAAUCCAGUGAGAGUGGCGAGACGGAUCAAGACGAGUUAGACUCAUGUUUUUCCAUCCUAUCGAAACAAGAAAUGGAUGUGGCUCGAUCAAUUUUGCGGGGAGAAAAAGCUGAGGUUCCAACAUUGGAGGUAGAAAUUUCUACAGGUGUUCAAAUGGAUGAUGGAACAAGCGAAAAAAUAAUAUUAAAGUGUUGUAUUCCUCCUGGAUAUCCGGAUCACCCUGUCAUUCCAACAGCUUCCUCCAAAGGAAUGUCCUGGUCUAUUCGGGAUGAACUUUCAUCCCAACUUGCAGAAAUUGCCGAAUCGAUGGUUGGCUCCGAGUCCAUCAUGGGGCUAGUCGCUGAACUUAACGAAAUGUGCCCUCCUGUUCUUCAACGGAUGCAGCUUAACAAUGAGAGCUCGUCCAAGUCACAAGAAACAACGACAACAUCACAUGGAGACGGCUCGUAUUCCAGACUUUGGAUUUGGGUGCAUCAUAUUACGAACAAUGAUCGGCGAAAAAGUAUCAUGGCGGAAGCUCAAGGGCUCAAGUUGGGAGGGGUUCUGAAACAUGGAUAUCCCGGAAUCAUUUUGAUUGAAGGUAGAUCCAACGCUUGUGAUGACUUUGCCACUUGGGUCAAAGGUAGCAAAAGUCUCCCUGGUGGAUUCGGAAGGAAUUUGGGCCAUCAUGUAAGAGGUCAAGUGCAAUUAGAAGCAGAGGAAGAACAGCAGUUAUGUUUCGCGUCUGAUUUUCAAGAAAUGGAGGACAUGGCGGUAUUGGGUCAGUUGUGUAAAGAGAAAGGUCUCGAAGAUGAGUUUCGAGAGUUUGCCAUGAGGCACAAAGGAUGA